GCCGGCAUCUGUGCCGGCAGGGGAGGGUGCGGGGAGCGGAGUCCUGAGAGGUGGUGGCGGCCUUGGUCCGGGCAGUGCCGCGCCGAGGACCCACGCGGCGGAUAUUGGGGAAGUGCGUGGACCCCGGGAGGUGGGCGGUAAGUCGUUCCGCGGCAUCCCCCUCCCCCCACCCCGCCCCGGGAAGGCCGGUUUCCGCUCGGCCGCCGCCUCGGAGGGGCAGGAAGCCGCGCGUUCCUCUGCGGGAACCCCCUCCCCGGCCCCGCCCCGCUCUGCUCCGCCUCCGGCCUCCGGCUCGGGCUCCGCGGGGCGGGGGGCGCGGGGCGGGGCGCGGGCCGAGCUGCGGCCGCUCCGGACAUGUCGGGCCCGCGCGCCGGCUUCUACCGGCAGGAGCUGAACAAGACGGUGUGGGAGGUGCCGCAGCGGCUGCAAGGGCUGCGCCCGGUGGGCUCGGGCGCCUACGGCUCCGUCUGGCCGCCUUGCAGCUCGGCCUAUGACACGCGGCUGCGCCAGAGGGUGGCGGUGAAGAAGCUGUCGCGCCCCUUCCAGUCGCUGAUCCACGCGCGGAGGACGUACCGCGAGCUGCGGCUGCUCAAGCACCUGAAGCACGAGAACGUCAUCGGGCUGCUGGACGUGUUCACGCCGGCCACCUCCCUCGAGGACUUCAGCGAAGUGUACCUGGUGACCACGCUGAUGGGCGCCGACCUGAACAACAUCGUCAAGUGCCAGGCGCUGAGCGACGAGCACGUUCAGUUCCUCGUGUACCAGCUGCUGCGCGGGCUGAAGUACAUCCACUCGGCGGGGAUCAUCCACCGGGACCUGAAGCCCAGCAACUUGGCGGUGAACGAGGACUGCGAGCUGCGGAUCCUGGACUUCGGGCUCGCGCGCCAGGCGGACGAGGAGAUGACUGGCUACGUGGCCACGCGCUGGUACCGGGCCCCUGAGAUCAUGCUGAACUGGAUGCACUACAACCAGACAGUGGACAUCUGGUCUGUGGGCUGCAUCAUGGCCGAGCUGCUCCAGGGAAAGGCCCUCUUCCCAGGAAAUGACUACAUCGACCAGCUGAAGCGCAUCAUGGAGGUGGUGGGCACACCCAGCCCUGAGGUUCUGGCAAAGAUAUCCUCAGAACAUGCCCGGACCUACAUCCAGUCCCUGCCCCACAUGCCCCAGAAGGACCUCAGGAGCAUCUUCCACGGAGCCAACCCCCUGGCUGUGGACCUCCUGGGACGGAUGCUGGUGCUGGACAGCGACCAGAGGAGCUCACCUACCAGGAAGUCCUCAGCUUCAAGCCCCCAGAGCCACCGCAGCCGCCUGGCAGCCUGGACGUUAAGCAGUGAGGGGAAUGCGGCUCGCCAGCUGCACUCGGACCCGAGGAGGGGCCUGAGCCCGCCUGCCCUCCCUCCUCGGCCUGCCAGACUCCCACGAGGGGCACCUCCCAACACCACUGCGGCCAGCAGCGCCCACCCCUGGCCUGGGACCCUUGUCUACACGCCGCUCCUUGUGGGAAGCCUGCACGUGUGUGAGCCAUGGGUGUAGGAGUCUGGAUAGAGCAUCCUGGACUUCCUUGGUCCUCCUACCCCCUCCCAGCAACCUGGGUCUCCUUUGGGACCUCGCUAUGGGGACCUGGGUGCCAUAAGAGCUCCCCCCGGGGACUGUGUCUGUUUCCAGAUCUCCUGGCUGGCAGAGGGCUGUCUGUGGGGGGUGGUGCCUUGGGGCCGGAGCCUCCUGGAGACAAAGGAAGGGGUCUCGAUGGUCAGAGCUGCUCAGCCUGGAAGUGGGGGGCUACCCUGGAAAGUGCUGAGACUCAAAGGAUCUUCCAUGGGGGUGGCAGAGUGGGGCCAGCUGCCUGGAGCCAUGUGUUCACCCAUGCUGUGUGGCACAUACAUGCUCCUGGAAUUCACAUGUCAAAGCAGAUGCAGGCGCAUGUGAACCUGAGGGCACCUGAGGGCCAGUGGCCAUGCCCAGCAGGAGGCCCAAGUUGGGGUGGCUCUACUGUUGCCUCCCCUCCCCUCAGUUCCUGGUGUGGGUGGGGAGGGGGCAUUGCUGAGAUCCUGCUGGGCAGCAUGCAAGGGGCUCAGGUGGCCGUGGGCAGCCAUGUGAGCAAAAGCCCCCUGCUCCUUGGGUGUGAGGGCUGCAGCAGGGUUCUGAGGCAUGAGGGCACCGUGCCAGCUGGGGGGCUGGCAGGCACGGGGGCCUCCAGCCUUGAGGACACACACGCCGAUGUGGACCCGGAUCCUGGACCUUGGCCAGAGCUGAUGAAGAAAUCUCUGCCCACUCUACCUCUGCCCACCCUCUGGCCCUGCAGCCCGGCGCUGGGGUGCUCAAGUCUGUGGGUCAGCCCUUGUCCUCUUCCCGCCUUCCAGAGUGGAGCUGACCUAGCGACCUCUGGGACAGGGCCCUGCUCCAGGUGUGUGGGAGGUGUGGGUCCUCUGUCAAGGGGCAUCUGUCAGGUGGUGACCUCUCACCUUGCAGGACCAGGGAGGUCUGAAUGCCAAGUGCCUGCCCCAGGGUUUCGCAAUAAAGUUCCCCUCUCACUCGG